UCACUUUUUUUUAAUAAGGCUAAAUAAAAAUAUUUAAAAUGCUCACAUACUCACAAUAACCAGGAAUCAAUGUAUUUAUUUGACUUCGUUUAAAAACAUUGAGUAGGCAUACCUAUUAAAGAUGCACUAUGUAGAAAUUGUUCCGCCAUUUUCUGGUUGCUAACAUUUGCCUAUUUUCUGUUUGACUAAUCGAGCAAGUGCAGUGUAAAUAAUAAUUGUACCCUCUAAACCACUGAAAUAUUUUCCAUAACUAAAAAUAUUGUAUUUUCAGCUGUUUGAAGCUGGUGUACAAAACUGAAAGUAAAAGACUCGAAAAUAAAACGUAAUCACGGGAAGCAUAAAAUAGAACACAUCUACCGCUUCUUAGACUUCCUUUCAAUGAAAAUUACAGAUCUAGAACUCAUCUUUCUUUGUGAGUUUGGUCGGGUUCCCCAAAAAGUUACAUAUAGCCGCUUUAAUUAUUUCCUGUAGGUCGCAGCAAAAUUACGCUGCGUCACCCUCAUCUGGAUAGGAAAUUACGACACUGCUGACAGGCAUGGGAGCUGGUUCCAGUCAACCCAGUGAGAAUGAAGAGCAGGCCAUUGUACCCCAGCAGGACAGGAGGAAGACCUCUAACAGGAGACACUCUGAGGAAACACUGGACUGCCCAACCUGCCAGGGCACGGGCCGCAUCCCACGAGGUCAGGAGAGCAAAUUAGUGGCAGUGAUCCCCUGCUCCGAUCACAGGCUGAAACCACGACACACGAAGUUGUAUGUCACUGUGUCGGUGACGCUGUGCCUGCUGGUCAGCUCGCUGGUCCUCUUCUUCUUGUUUCCUCGCAGUGUCAUCCUCUCACCUGUGGCUGUCGAGUCUGUCUAUGUUUACUUCACCCCGACCACUGUCCAAAUGAACAUCACGAACAUCCUGAAUAUUACCAAUGACAACUUUUUUACAGUUCAGGCCUACAACUUGACAGUGCAGGCUCUUUUUGAUAAAACGGUUGUGGGCAAGGCUGAUAUGAAAAAUGUCACCACCGUCAAACCACUGACGGACAAAACGUUUGCCUUUGAGAUUCCUGUCACGCUAGUGGAGGAGGGUCUGAACAAUUACUGCAAGAAAUCUACGAUCAAGAUCCACACGUUAUUUGUCCAUCUUCAGAUGUCAAUGACUGUCUACUACCUGGCCCACUUUGAGCAGCUUUCUCUGGACACGUUUGAAUACAUCGACUGUGGGUCUAACACCACAACACCCCACAUCAUCAACCCUACACCCUGAGAACAAGGGCUCCAUUAUGGGCGGGAUGACAUGGGUGAGGGGAAGACUGAGGAGCAGGCCAUGAGGUGAACUGUGGAGAACAACUGUGUGGUCAAAAGCCAUAGUUAAUGCAAAUGUUCCCUCAAGUUAUGGGGAAGAAGGAAAUAACACAACUGUGGAGCUUGAAAUUAAAGCUCUGAAAUGUUCUGUUUGUCUUUUUUAUGCACCUCUGUAGCACUUGUUUUAUAAGUAGGGUCAUCGCUGUGGUUGGAGGCUCUGCGCUGUGAAAUUAACUUUUUUGCCACUACAUCCUACUGAAACCUACUCUGUUUUGUCUUCAAAGAAACUGAAAGACUUGAGUGGACUAUAAAUUUGCACACAUUUUUGAAAGAGUAAUUUAAUUUAAAUUUUGCAUAAUUUCCUAUAAAAACAGAUUGUCGGUGCACUUCUACAAACAAGUACAUUACUUUUGUAUGUGUGUUAAUUGGUUAAAGUAGGUAAAACCAUUUAAGUAUUCUUAAAGUUAUGCAUACAACUAUGUAGUAUUGAUCACAUGACUGUGGUAGAGACUAUUUAGAACUUUUCUAUGGAAUCACAGUUCUGUCUUUGAUUUGUACUCUAAUGGGAUUGACUACUGCCCACACAUUUCUAUGUUAAACCAUAAUCUUGAAUUGUAUGCUAAUUCUAACAGCUAUAACAAGAUCUGGAUAUUAAUUCACCUAUGGUUUUUGUGUCACUGAAAUUAGAUUAUUAGUGAGGGGAAAAAUGGUUGUUUGGAAUCCACAUGGACUAGUAGUGUCACCAUGGGUAUUUUUGGAAGGGGGAAGCUAACUAAUUUACUCCCUUGUGUUCUUGCGCUACAGCAUAAUCAUGGCAAUGUUUCUUAUGCCCUGUUCAAAUACUCUUAAUCUUUACUUCCUCUAUUCCUUGAGUUAAGGGUUUUAGUGCAUUGUUUUCACCUUUGUCAGAUCAGUGAAAUAAAUUACUCAUUUUAAAGUA